GAAUGAGCAAAAACAAUUUAAAUUAAGCGUGCUUUAAAGUAGGCUAAGAAGCUUCAUGCAAAAUGUUUACAUUGGAAUAUUUAAGAGACAGAGAGAUUAUGGACAGCAGAACUGCAACGACUACAACUACCGGCACUACUCGAAGCUUUUCGGAGCCAGAUAAGGUUAGUGGAGCUCAGAGCUCGUCGAUUCCGAAUAAGGACAACAACUAUGGACUGAGUGAGGACAGGGUAGAGGAGUUCAAGGCCGCCUUCCAGUUGUUCGAUAAGGACGGGGACGGGACCAUCACCGCCAAGGAACUAGGAACCAUUAUGAGAUCUCUGGGCCAGAAUCCCUCGCAGGAGGAGUUGCGGAAGCUGGUGGAGGAGACAGAUGUAGAUGGGAAUGGGGAGAUAGACUUCGACGAGUUCCUGGCCAUGAUGGCCAAACAGCUCAAGGGACACAGCGGCGGCGAGAACCUCAGGAGCGUGUUCGAAGUGUUCGAUCGCAACCACGACGGAUUCAUCACCACUGAAGAGCUACGAUAUGCGUACUCUAUGUUGGGAGAGCCCCUGAGUGAGGCCGACAGUCGGAAGAUGAUAGAAAUAGCCGAUAUGGACAGGGAUGGAAUGGUAUCCUACGACGACUUCUCCAACUUCUGCGCCAGUUUCUAAAGCAGCCAGCCACCACGAAGAAGACCUCAAACGAAGGAGUGUAAAGGGACGUUUGGAUAUUCGAAUGGUGGAACAAAAUCAGUUGACGGUAUAAACUUGGCAUAGAUGUUUCUCAGAUGGUAUAGCAGAGUUCAAAACUUUUCCCGUUUAUGCAUAUAUUAACAAUGAGGAAACUAUUUAUUGUGAUUUACCUUUUG